GAUUCACAAAUCACUCCCCUCCCCUAUUUCGCCCCUUUCGCCGCCGGCGUGAAUCGCUCUGACAAUGCUUCAGAUUCGACUUAGGAGGGAUUCUCCCACAGAGACUGGAAGCGGAGCGAGACCUUCGCCGACGGAAACCGUGACGGUUGCUUGUCCCGACCAUCUCGUACUCGCGGAUCUCCCUGUCGCGAAAGGGAUCGGUUCAGUGACACCCACCACCGUAAUAAAGCCGGUGGGACGGCGGUCACGAAGGCAGUUAGGAGAGAGAGUUCAUUUCUGCGUCCGUUGCGAUUUCCCCAUUGCUAUCUAUGGCCGUCUGAAUCCAUGUGAUCAUGCCUUUUGUCUCGAAUGUGCUCGUAGUGAUUCCAUCUGCUAUCUAUGUGAUGAACGGAUUCAAAAGAUUCAGACUAUCAAGAUGAUGGAAGGUAUCUUCAUCUGUGCUGCUCCUCACUGUCUCAGGUCUUUCCUCAAGAAGCCUGACUUCGAAGCCCAUGUCCAUGACCUCCACGCCACCCUAUUACACCCCGAUCCAGAUAAAGAUGAUGCCAACGACUCUGAUGUUCAGAGCACAAAGCAGCAGUCUUCUGCUUCUGAAUCCACCUUGCGAGCUCCCUUAAGAUCCCAACAGCAACACCCACAGCCGUUGCUACACAGGUCUGCAUCCUUGUCAAAGCCACAACAGUCUGGAUUUGGUCAAGUUCAGAGUUACCCUCCUCCUGCAGCAGAUAACGAUAACUCUCGUCCUCCUGGUUUCGAAACCGCUAGUCCUAAACCAGGACUCCACUACCCUCCUCCGCCUAUCAAUAUGAUGCAACCCCCGCCCAUGAAUCAAAACCCGGCUUUGCCUCAGCAGUUUAGCUUUCCACCUUAUCCAACAACAAGCGAUGGAUCGUCUCAGCAAUUCUAUAAUAACGCUGGUGCACCUUUUGAGAUGACAAGACCAGAAGGCAGCGUCGGCUCAGAACAAGGGUAUCAGCAGCAGCAACCUGCGCCAGUGAUGAAUCUGAGUUUCCAAGGAUCUUAUCCUCCUCAGUCUCCAUGGAAUCCUGCUAUGGCACCGCCUCAACAAGUUAACAGGGGUAGAGACACUCAAGGUUUUGGGUGGCAACAAGAUAACCGUGAUGGCUUUGGGCAGGAGUAAAACUAUAAGCCUAAUUUCCAACUCUUUUUUUUUCUUCUAUGUAAUGUUAAACUAUUCGUUUAAAAGUUUCAAAAAGUGUUUCUAGGACGCUUCCUAUUUGAUUCCAACUUCGAUUGACCUCAAUUCUUGUGCCCAUAAAUCAAACUGACUUGAGCUCA